AUGUAUGUUUUUGUUUUGAUCUACAUUUUGCGUAAUUUGUUGCAGGCUUUUAUUCGAAUUCUGGAAGCAGCAAUUCUAUUUUUGUCUACUCCAAAGGGGGAGCCUCUUAAUAGAUUUUGUGUUUCUUCUAGCAUUAUUAGCUACGUCUCUCUCUUAAUAGGAGAAUUAGGUCGGAAGCGCAGCCGUAGUGCCUUGCUGAAGCUUUAUUUGUUUGGGUCAUCAAUUGCUACUGUGAUCUCAGUGGCUUUUCUCAUCAAGAGUGAAAAACUAUUUGAGCUCAUGGAAGAUUUGAGUAAGUGGGAGUCAUCGGCAAUUAAGAUAUUCAAGUUUGCUGCUGUUCUACUUGGUGUAGUAGUACAGAUAUUCACAAUUGUUGUGACCUCCUCCCUUGUGAGCAAUAUGGCUCCUCCCAAGAGGGCUUCCUAAUGUUUCCUGUAAUUAUGCACUAAUAAGACAACUGUUAUGGCUAAGAGAAAAGGCUUUUCCCUACAUCCUUGUUCUUUCACAUGUUUGCUGCCUAUAGAGAGUGCAGUUUCUUCAAUUGCCCUGGUAAUCAAGAAUUUUGGUUUCGGAUAAUUUAUAUCGCUUUAUUGACCGAAUUAUAUACUUCCAUGAUGGUUUUUUCUUUUUCUUUUUUAAAUGUUUUACUUGUUUUAUCAAGUUGUCUUCUAUGGUUUCUGAUGUGAAAUUAUGUCUAUUUUAGGAGAAACAGGAUUAAAAGCAGAAUUUGCUUUAGUCUAGGUCUGUUUGGUUUUAUUAACCAGGAUUGACAUUUUAAGUA